GAACAGCAUUAGAAGAAAGUUUCAAGGAAUACGGGAGAAAUCGAGAAGCGAUGCGACUUUGCCGAGAAGAUAUGCCAAUAUUUGGUCUUUGCCCGGCUCAUGAUGAUUUCUAUUUGGUGAUGUGUAACCACUGUAAUCAGGUCGUAAAACCACAGGCAUUUCAAUCACAUUAUGAAAGAAGACACAGUUCCUCUAGCAAGCCGCCUUUGACUCCUCCCUCCUCUUCAGUAUUUUCCCUCAUUUCAUCUUUCCCUUCAAAAAACAAAGGUAGCGGUGGAAGUGGGAGCAAUCGUUCAUCCAGUGGAGGUACUAGUGCAUCAUCAUCCAAUUCCAAGUUGUUGAAAUCACCCAAAGACAAGCUGCAGAUCAGUGGAAACAAUAGGCUAAUGCAUCCGGUACAGCACAGCAAAGUUCCCCAUGAUAAAAUCAUGACUCCAUCUGUCAAAGUGGAAAAGAUUCAUCCAAAGAUAGAUGGUGCCCAACUGAAAGCUGCUGUUGGUCCAACUUGUUCUACUACUGUGAGUUCCUCAAUAAAGACUGGCCUUAAUUGUCCCUCAAUACCAAAGCCACCCUUGCCUUCCCCUGGACAGAUACUGAAUGGUAAAGGUCUUCUCUCUGUGCCUCCAUUUUUGGAAAAGAAACCUGAAGAAAAUACAAAUAAUAGGAAAUUUUUACAUAAAAGAUUGUCAGAGAGAGAAUUUGAUCCUGAUAUAUACUGUGGUGUCAUUGAUGUGGAAACCAAGAAGCCCUGUACUAGGUCUUUGACAUGCAAGACACAUUCCUUAACCCAGCGGAGGGCUGUACAGGGUCGAAGAAAACGAUUUGAUGUGUUGUUAGCCGAGCACAAAAGCAAAACCAGGGAAAAGGAAUUUCUUCGACAUUCGGAUCAUCAUCAGCAGAUGCCCCCUCUCAGGGAACCACAUCCCUCACCUACUAAAACUUCCCAGGAGCUGCACCAAAAUUCUCAUGGAGUUACUCUUACAGAAUCAAAGCCUUUAUUACCUAAUAAACCCAAACCUCACCCCCCCAGUCUUCCAAGGCCUCCAGGCUGCCCAGCCCAGCACAGUGGAAAUGCCCCUAGCGAUUCUCCUUCUGUCCACGAAUCCCCUCACCCUCCCUUGCCUGCAGCUGAGCCAGCCUCUCGGUUAUCCAGUGAUGAGGGAGAAUGUGAUGAAAAAGAAGAGCCUGUUGAAAAACUGGAUUGUCAUUAUUCAGGUCAUCAUCCUCAACCAGCCGCUUUUUGCACAUUUGGUAGUCGGCAAAUUGGAAGAGGUUAUUACGUGUUUGAUAAGCGGUGGAACCAUAUUCGAUGUGCACUUAACUUCAUGGUGGAGAAGCAUCUGAAUUCACAGAUGUGGAAGAAAAUUCCUCCAGCAUCUAGUAACACGACAUCUGUUCGUGCACCACAUCGGACAAACUCAAUGCCUACUUCACAGUAUGGUGUCAGUGCAACAGGUUUCCUUUUACCCACCACGGUUAUGUCAUCGCCAGCAUUGGUAUCUCCUUCCUGUAUGUCUCUGAAUAAUAAAUCGGUACCAUCACAUGGAACUACACUAAAUGCCAAUCCUGCAGCUUUGGGUGCGGUGGAUCCUGUUUGCAGUAUGCAAUCAAGACAAGUGUCUUCAUCCCCUUCAACACCUACAGUGCUUUCCUCAGUACCUUCACCUAUGCCCAGCAAACCUCAGAAAUUGAAAUCCAGCAAAUCUUUUAAACCUAAGGAAUCUUCUGCUGGCAGUGGCACCUGUAACAGCACCGGCAGCGUCAGUAGCAGCGGCGGCUCAGGAAAGAAGCGUAAAAACAGUUCCGCACUGCUAGCACCUUCUCAUUCCACAGAGUCCUUUAGAAAAAACUGUGUGGUUAACUCUGGAAACUCUGGGACCUCCUAUCAUCCGUCGGUGACGUCUUCGUCCCACAGCGUUGGCCUCAAUUGUAUGACUAGUAAAGCUAACUCGGUUAGCCUCAAGCAUGACCAAUCAGGGAGGGGUCCUCCGACUGGAAGCCCUGCAGAAUCGAUAAAAAGAAUGAGUGUGAUGAUGAACAGUAGUGAUUCCACUCUCUCCUUAGGGCCAUUUGUUCAUCAGUCCAGUGAGCUGACUGUCAAUUCACACAGCAGUUUUUCACAUUCACAUACUUCCCUAGAUAAAUUAAUAGGAAAGAAAAGAAAGUGCUCACCUGGUUCGAGUGGCAUAAAUAGCAGCAGCAGCAAAUCAAACAAAGUUGCCAAAUUGCCAUCCAUGAAUAACGUUCAUGCAAAACACACUGGUGCAAUCCCAGGGGCACAAGGACUGAUGAACAAUUCUCUUCUUCAUCAGGUAUGA